AGUUUCAUAACAUUUGACUCAUCCACUCAUUCGAAAGGUAUUCAACAUAAUCGAAAAUACCGUUUAUAACACUCCUCAAUUAUUGUAUUUAUCUAUGAAGUGAAAGUGAAAAGUGGAUUUUUUAUCAUAAUGGGUGAUGCUUGUCAAGCAUGUCUCACGAGGGUACCUCAUGCCACCCUUAUAGCUACGAUUAUGUGCUGUUUGGGCGUGGGGGUGUUUUGUGGCACAAUGUAUCGUGGAUCAGCGCUUUCAAUUUUGAUGUUUGACGAAGUUUUUCAUUUUCGACUGAUAUGGAUUGAAGCACUUCAAAUGAUAUUCAUUGUAGGCAGUGCUUGUAUGGCAGCCUUAGGGUUUAUGUUGUUAUGCUUAGGGUGUCUCACAACAGGUGCAACAAGACAAAAGGUGUACAGAGCGUGGCGAGCUCGGGUCGGCGGCAGGAUAUCUUGCGCAGUCUUUAUGAUAAUUACCUAUAUUUUGACUUUCGUCUGGCUGAUCCUGUUGGGCUUUUUAGUCAUAACAACAUUCUUGUUCACAAUAUUUUGGAAACUUUGCUCGAAACCGAAAAAUAUCGAACAUUCGACCUGUAUCGACUUCACUCAAUUCGAUUUUAUGUUCCCAUCUUCUGUGAAACAGGAAGACAUGAAAAUUUGUGAAGCACACAAAAUAAAACUAUUCUGUAAGGACUAUGUUGAAAAAGCAGAGUUUAUGUUUAUUUUGGCAAUGGUAUCAUGUUUACUUGUAAUAUUGAGCUUAGUACAUUAUUUGAUGUGCUUAUCAGCUAAUUAUGCUCAUAUUCGAGACCAUGAAAAGUUCCAAGAAUUGCAAGAGCUCCAGUAUCUCACCAACCCGGAUCUACAUGCUUCAAAAGAUAGAUUCUAGUAUAUGGCCCGCGCACCAUUGUUGCGCUCGCUUGAAGCAUCUACUAAAAUGUGACAAAGCAGAAAAAUAACUGCAUUUUAAGAUGUCAUAUAUAUGUGUUCACAGAUUACAAAUAACAUCAAAAGACUGAUUCAGUGGAUGACUUAUAUUAAAUUGAAUACAAUUUUACAUAUCUUCGAUCCACUACAGUAUUUAUUAUUAUUUUUGUAACCCGACAUUCCACUAACUUUAGUCCUUAAACUUUAAAUUGUUAAACAAUAUUCCCCCUAUAAAGUAUAUAUUAUUUACAUUAUUUUAGAUAAUUAAAAUGUUUGGACAUGCUAAAGCAUGAUAAUAUUUAUUUUUAUUCCCUUUGUUACAUUCUAAACGGGGCUGAUAGCCUGCAUUGUUGCUCUAGAUUCUUCCAUUAAUCCUAACUCAAAUAUGAUAAGAUAAUAUUUUAUACUUAUAUUUGCAUUGUUAUAAUUUAAAUUUAAGAAACAAUAAUAGAACCUAAUUUUGUUUUACUCACAUUUUAUAUUGUUUAAAAAUUGAUUCUUCUGUUAAGACAUUUAGGCAACAUGUUAUAUUCUGUGUAAAAUUGGGAAAAGUGAUUAAAUUAAUUGUUCAAUGUUUAGUACAAUAACGAUAGUAUAAGGCAGCACAAUUUAUAUUACUUAGUUGUAAGUUAAAAUAAGAAAAUUGCUUAUGAUAAAUGAGGCAAUUUUAUUUCUAAUGUUUUUUUUUUAAUAGCAUGGCUCUAAGACGAAACUUCUAAUUUUUUACUUGAAAAUUACAAUAAUCUUUAAAAAAUAAAAUUGUCUUUUUAUAGUAAGCAAAUUUAAAGUUUAAAAUUAGUAAGUCAAUUAUGACAAUUUAUAUAUUAUGUAGAAAAAUUACCUCUUUUGAUAAAGAUUUUACAUUAAAUUAGCUUGAGAUAAAAGAAAGCAUAGCUCUUUAUAUUUAGCCCACCAAAAAAAGCGAAUAACAGUAAAAUUUUGCUCAUUAAUGGAAAAUUUAAAUGUUAAAUGUGGUGUAUUUUUAAAUUUGUUUUAUAAACAUUAUUUCUUAAAGGUAUUUAGAAGUAUUGAGAUUUUGUGACACUAUAUUUAUUAGUUUUAUAUUGACACGGUCUAAUACUGCAAAUGAAACAAAACACUGGCAUUUAACAUAAUAUUAUUAAGAACACAAAAAAAUUUUUUACAUUAUUUAUAAAGUUUGUAAUAAUUAGUUAUAGGAAUUAGCACUUAAAUCCAAAGUAAGUGGUGACUGAAAUAUAUAAAUUAAUUAACAAAUACAGAAAGCCAUAUUUCAUGAUUUGAUUGAUAAUCUAAUUUAAAUUCAUAAAUAUAGUAAUAGUAAUUUUCAAAACUUGUUAUAUCCAUUAAUAAGAACUUCUUGGUGUUAUUACCUGCUAGUAUUUUUGUAGCUAUUUGAAGUAGUAUAGGAUUUUCUAAAAAUAAAAAAAAAUAUUUGUAUUUUGUUGUUUGUUUUAUAACUUUUUGAAAAUAAUAAUAGUGCUUAUAUAUAAUAUGACGUAAAAAUAUGUACAAAAAAUCCCUUUAAAUGAUAUGUAAG